CGGCGGCCGCGGGCCCGGUCCCGGUGCCGGCGGCGCGGGGCCCCCCGGGGCCGCGGGGGCGCUCGGGGCACGGCCGGCUCGGGGAGCGUCGUCCGGCUGUGCGAGAGGCGCCCGAUCGAGGGGUGGCUGCCGCGCCUCACGGGCUGUAGGCAGGUAAACCAACCUCCAAGAAAGGGAGAAGUCUAAAGGCAGCAUCCUCCCCAGAAGGUUUUGUUCUAGGCAUCUGCCCAUCUUAUGUCUGCUCUGGAAGUGGUGCCUGUGAAGAAUGACGUCGAGAGGUGCUGGGACUGCUUUCUCAAGGAAGAAUUACAGGCUGAGCACUGAGCCAGAGAAGUCCAAGGUCACAGGGAUUGUGAACAGCAGGCUGCUGAAUGAUUAUCUGCAUCGAGUCUUUACCAGUGCUGAUGGGAACCAGCCUGCAGCUGCUUACAGGAAGCACCUGACGUUCCAGAACCUGCAGGAGCACCUUGAGCGAUUGCUGGCAGAGGAGAAUGGCUCUGAAGAGAGCAGAGAUCAGGUGGCAGAGGGCCGGCUCGGUCCCUCCACUGUGGUUUUGGACCACACGAGCGGCUUUGAGGGGCUCCUGCUGGUCGAUGAUGACUUACUUGGGGUGAUUGGCCACAGUAACUUUGGGUCCAUCAGGGCCACAACAUGUGUAUAUAAAGGGAAAUGGAUUUAUGAGGUGCUCAUCUCCUCCCAGGGACUCAUGCAGAUUGGCUGGUGCACUCUCAACUGCAGAUUUAAUCAGGAGGAGGGCGUUGGGGACACGCCAGAUUCGUAUGCCUAUGAUGGAAACAGGGUGCGCAAGUGGAACGUGACCACUACAAACUAUGGCAAAUCCUGGGCAGCAGGAGACAUCGUCAGCUGUCUGAUAGACCUUGAUGAAGGCACCAUUGCUUUCUGCUUGAAUGGCAUAUCUCUGGGAACUGCCUUUGAUAACAUCACAAGGGGUGCUGGAAUGGCUUAUUUCCCUGCCAUCAGCCUCUCCUUCAAAGAGUCUGUUGCUUUUAACUUCGGAAGCCGUCCACUCCGUUAUCCAGUGGAAGGUUACCGGCCCUUGCAAGAUCCUCCUGUGGCAGACCUGGUGAAGGCUCGGAAGCUGCUGGGCUACUUGAAGAAUGUGAUCCAUAUUGGAAUAGAUGUGACGGAGGGGAAGCUGGUGGAGAAAGACACAUCCAUGUGGCAGCUUCAGGGAGAACCCACAGUGCUGAUUACAUUAGCUCACAUCUUCAAUUAUUUCUCCCCUCUUAUGUGCAAGGUGUACCUGGUGGAAGAUGUGCUCAUGACCUUCCUGCUGAGCAUCCUUGAGCGAGGAGGGGCAGUGGAGGCCCAUCCCCUUAUUCAGCAGCUGCUGGAUCUCAUGUGGCUUCUUAUGGAGGAGUAUGAAGUGCAUGAGUGCCUCAAGCAGCUACUGAUGUCCCUGCUGCGGGCUUACAGGUUCUCCCCCAUCAUCCCAGACCUGGGAUUACAAAUCCACUACCUCCGGCUCACCAUUGCAGUCUUGAAGCAUGAGAAAUCUAGGAAAUACCUACUCAGCAAUGUUCUCUUCGACGUGCUCCGUUCCGUUGUGUUCUUCUACAUCAAGAGCCCUCUGCGAGUGGAGGAGGCAGGUUUGCAGGAGCUCAUUCCCACCACGUGGUGGCCAAACCGCUUCACCAAGGAGGGUAAGGAGAGUAAGGAGGUGAAGGAGGAGAGUGCUGAGGAGAGAUUGAGGCGUCGGGCGUAUGAAAGAGGCUGCCAGCGGCUCAAGAAACGCAUUGAAGUGGUGGAAGGUCUCCAGGUUCAGAUUCUGAAGUUGCUGCUGAACAACAAGGACAGAGGAGGGGGGGAAGCCUCCAGAUACAUCUUCCUAAACAAAUUCCGCAAGUUUCUUCAGGAAAACGCCAGCAACAGAGGGAACUUGGCUGUGUUGUGCCCACCAGAGUACAUGGUGUGCUUCCUGCACCGGCUCAUCGCUGCCCUGCGCUACUUCUGGGAUGGCCACAAAGCCAAGACCCCAGCUUCCCUGAGCAGUGAAGAGGCCUAUGUCCCUCCUCAACUCUUCUAUAAUGGGAAGGUGGAUUAUUUUGACCUUCAGCGACUUGGAGGUCUUUUGUCUCAUCUUAAGAAGACUCUGAAAGAUGACCUGGCUGCUAAAGCCAACAUCCUGAUCGACCCUGCAGAGCUGCAGGCAGUGACUAUGGAUGAUCUGGAUGAAGAUGAGGAAUCAGCAACAUCAGCAGCACAGUCCCAGCGCCCCUCUGCCGCCCUGGCCAUUGGUGGAGCUCUUGCCAGGCCUGCCUGGCUCAGCUCCCCCACCCUGGGCCGGGCCAACCGGUUCCUGAGCACGGCCGCCGUCAGCCUGAUGAACCCGCGGCGGCCCCUUGGAGCCCUGGAGAAGAUCAAAGUGCUGACGCUGCGCGCGGAGCAGCGCACCCGGGAGGACAUUGAAGGCACCCAUGGAAACGAUGGUCUCUUACUGGGCAGACCCCCAGAAGAGCCAGACCAGCCCAUCACUGAGAACUCCCUCCUCGAAGUCCUGGAUGGGAUAGUGAUGAUGUACAACCUCAGUGUCCACCAGCAGCUUGGGAAGAUGGUUGGUGUGUCAGAUGAUGUGAAUGAAUAUGCCAUGGCACUGAAAGACACAGAGGAAAAAAUCAGCCGCUGCCCAAAGAGGAGGAGAGACAUCCAUGAGGAACUGCUGAAGAGCCAAAAGGUCUUCUCUGAGAAGCUCAACCACCUGAGCCGGCGCCUCGCUUGGAUAAAUGUCACCAUUUAUUCAAAGGAGAAGAUGCAGGAUAUCUACUGGCUGCUGCGCGUGUGCAUCCGCACCAUCGAGCACGGCGACAGGACGGGCUCGCUUUUCGCUUUCAUGCCAGAAUUCUACCUCAGCGUGGCUAUGAACAGCUACAGUGCACUCAAAAACUACUUCAGCCCUGUCAACAGCAUGGAGGAACUUCCAGGCUAUGAAGAGACCCUUAUGCGCCUUGCUGCCAUCCUGGCCAAGCAUUUUGCUGACUCAAGGAUUGUGGGCACAGACAUCCGGGACUCGCUGAUGCAGGCGUUGGCCAGCUACGUCUGCUACCCCCACUCGCUGCGUGCUGUAGAGAGGAUCCCAGAAGAGCAGCGGAUCUGCAUGAUGAAGAACCUCCUGGCUCCCUAUGAGCAGCGACCCUGGGCACAGACCAACUGGAUCCUUGUCAGGCUGUGGCGGGGCUGUGGCUUUGGGUACAGAUACACACGGCUCCCACACCUGCUGAAAACCAAGCCUGAGGAUGCCAGCCUCCCCAGCCUGCAGAAGCCGUGUCCCUCCACCCUGCUGCAGCGGCACAUGGCAGAGCUGCUCCGCAGCGACCGCGACCUGGCCCCCAGCUUCCUCAACAGCGUCCUGAACCAGCUCAACUGGGCCUUCUCCGAGUUCAUUGGCAUGAUCCAGGAGAUCCAGCAGGCAGCAGAGCGCCUGGAGAGGAACUUUGUGGACAGCCGCCAGCUGAAGGUGUGUGCCACCUGCUUUGACCUGUCUGUGAGCCUGCUCAGGGUGCUGGAAAUGACUGUCACACUGGCACCAGAGAUCUUCCUCGACUGGAACCGCCCGUCGUCCGAGCUGCUGCUUCGGAGGCUCGCCCAGCUCUUGAACCAGGUGCUGAACCGUGUGACAGCUGAAAGGAACUUGUUUGACAGAGUGGUCAACCUCCGUCUGCCAGGGCUGGAGAGCGUGGACCAUUACCCCAUCCUUGUGGCUGUGACAGGGAUCCUGGUCCGGCUGCUGGUGGACACUGAUGUUCAGGGGACCGAGCGCGCGACCGCGGUGCUGCUGGCAGAUCCCUGCUUCCAGCUGCGCUCCAUCCAGUACCUGCUGGGCCACGCCGAGCCCUCGGCCCUGGCAGCAGCCGCCCCGGCCUCGGACAAGCGCCACUUCUCCCUGCACACCUACACAGAGUACAUCAGUACUGAGGAGCUGGCAAAGGUGGAAAAGAUGCUGAACCAUCUGAGUGAGGAGUCUAAGCAGGCAGCUGCAGCCACACUGCCCACCAGCGAGGAAGACCUGUGCCCCAUCUGCUACGCACACCCCAUCUCGGCCAUCUUCAGGCCCUGCUCCCACAAGUCAUGCAAAGCCUGCAUCAACCAGCACCUGAUGAACAACAAGGACUGCUUCUUCUGUAAGGCCACCAUCACAGGGGUGGACGACUUCACCAAGCCAGCCAGCUCGUAGAGCCCAGCCCCACAGCACAGGCUCCCCCAGCGGAGCGGGGCAGCCCCCCCGCCUCACACUGCCUUGUCCCCAAACGCUUGCCCUGCUCGGGGCUGUGGGACCCUCAGCCAGAGGGUCAGGACCCAGCACGGGGCAGCAGCGUGAGGCGGGAGGGCUGCAGGGUGGGGAAGGCAGGUGCCCAGCAGCCUCUCUGCCCCACGGGCCGUUCUCAGGGAGGGGAGCCCAAGGCCUUGGCUCUGCUGCAGUGCUGGGAACACACAGCAGCCUCGGGGCCAGGGCAGGGGGGCUGAGCUGGGCAUUUGGGCUGUUAACUUGCCCCUGGCUGGGGGCUGACUCAUGAAAAGCAGCAUUAAAUUAUUCUUCCUUAUGUGGUGCCCUGAAAGAUGGGAAAGGGAAGGCCCCGGUGUUGGGGCUGCACUCAGGUGAUGCUUAACAGUAAAUGGAAAUAUAAAUAUUUAAUCCAA